GAGUGCAGAGUAGCUAGUGUAGGGCAGUGUGCAAAACCGGAAUAAAACAAACCCACGAGUAGGCGAUCAGCCACACUGCAGUCACCGCCCCUCUCCAGCCACAGGUCCGCACGGAAAAUCAGUCCAACAACCACUGUGUUUUUCACGUCUCCAGGCUGACAAGUUACUACAGCGUGUCAACAUGCCCAAGUGCCCAACUUGCGCCAAGGAAGUCUACUUCGCCGAGAAGGUGACCUCUCUCGGGAAGGACUGGCACCGCGGAUGUCUGAAGUGUCAGAGAUGUAACAAGACGCUCUCUCCCGGCGGACAUGCUGAGCAUGACAACAAGCCGUACUGUAACCAGCCGUGCUAUGGAGUCCUGUUCGGACCAAAGGGCGUGAACAUUGGCGGGGCAGGUGCCUUUGUGUACGAAGACAAGAGAAGGACAAGACGACAACCAUUCACCAUUCCCCAGGCUCGAGAAGAGACACUGCUGUAUCCAAAGAUGCCGAACUGUCCGAAGUGCAAUAAAGCUGUAUAUUUUGCUGAACGGUAUCGUUCACUGGGGAAGGACUGGCACCGAGCCUGUCUCCGCUGUGAGAAGUGCAGUAAAGUUCUACAGCCGGGCAGUCACGCCGAGCACGAAGGAAAACCUUACUGUACCAAGUGCUACGGAGUCCUGUAUGGACCACGAGGUGUGAAUAUUGGCGGAGUCGGAUCCUACGCUUACGACGGCGAGGAGAUACCGCCGAGUCAGGCCCCGGCAACAUGAGAGAGUACCGACGGGGACGCACAGAUGACAGACUGUCCAUGUCAUGAUGCUGCUUUUUUUGCUGCUGACAAAGUAGAUUUUGUCUUUCAUGCUCUUUCUCGGCAAAUCAUUCUUGUACGUUGAGCUGAUGGACAAGAAGCGUCUGUAAUGUAGAUCUUGACCUUUGCCAUCAUCUCAACUGAUCACGUUACAAUAAUAUUGUCUUACCAUAAUAUUGUAUUUCCUUACAUAGGUUUGAAGAAAUUGAAAUUGUAUUUUUCUCGUAGCUAGAGGGAUAUCCUUCAUUUGCAAACACAGUGUUUUGGCUUAAGAAUUAUUUCCUGAAACAGACGGUCGCUAGAGUUAAGGGUGAGACCCAAAAUAAACUGGGGUGUGCCCCCUUUAUGUAUAAUUCAAUGAUAAAACGGAAGGGAUACACAAAUAAACAAGAACUGGUAGAUUUGGUAAACACUCUAUGUACAAUUAAAUCAAGCUUCAUUUCCUCAAUCUGCAACUCUUUACUCCGGGUUUUUCACUUAUAUGCACUGCAUAUGUCAAUAAACAGAACGACUGCACAAUCAA